AACCUCAUUGGACUAACAUCAAUAAUCAAUAAAAAUGUUCUUUAAGGUUGUGAGUCUUCUGGCUUUAGCCGUGGUGGUGGUUGCUCAACACGGUCAUGAGCACGCUCACUCAUCGCAGCACAUCUCCAAGCACGACGGACACCCGCACGUGGUCACCAUCCACGACCACCAUGGACAUGAAAAGCACGUCGACUAUUACACUCAUCCAAAAUACGAGUUCGAGUACAAAGUGGAUGACCAUCACACGGGCGACCACAAGACCCAGCAAGAGCAUCGCGACGGCGACGUUGUCAAGGGCUUCUACAGCUUGCACGAGCCUGAUGGUUCCAUCAGACACGUCCACUACCACGGCGACAAGCACACCGGUUUCCAUGCCGAUAUCAAACACAGCACGCAUCACAUCGUUCCCGAGCAUCACCACCAUCUGAUGAUGGUGCUCAGGAAUAAUGUGCUUGACAUCGACGUGGUAGUUGGACUUGGUGUCGUCGCCGUCGCGGUGCUCGUGCUGCGCCUUGUGGUCGCCCGUGUGAUCGUCGUCCACUUUGUAGCUAUCGGUAGACAAUAUAAAAACAACGUUUUGUUUUCAACAGGUAUCAGUUGGACUACAAACUUCAAACGCUUCUACACUUUAUUAAAAAUGUCUCUUAAGGUUUUGUGCCUCGCAGCCGUUUUGGGAGUGGUGGCAGCCCAGCACGGACACGGCCACGCGUACUCCUCGCAGCACAUAUCCAAGCACGACGGACACCCUCAUGAGGUUAUCAUCCACGAUCAUCACGGACAUGAAAAGCACGUCGAUUAUUAUACUCAUCCCAAAUACGAGUUCGAGUAUAAAGUAGACGACCACCACACUGGCGACCACAAGACUCAGCACGAGCAUCGUGAUGGCGACGUCGUCAAGGGCUUCUACAGCCUGCACGAGCCCGACGGCUCCGUCAGGGACGUGCACUACCAUGGCGAUAAGCAUACUGGUUUCCAUGCGGACAUCAAGCACAGCACCCACCACAUUGUUCCUGAGCAUCAUCAUUACCACCAUUAAUGUAUAAUUACUGUGUUAAUGUUUGAAUCUGUUAAUCUGUGUUCACGUUCUGUUAUUUACAAAUAAGCUAUGGAUUGAAAUAAAAUCAUAGUUAAUAAU